AAGUCGCUUGGAGACUUCACUGUCACCAAUUUGUUGUUGGCUUCCGAUGUCGAAGGAAACUUGCAUGCUCUCAAUAGAGUGACAGGCGAAGUGGUGUGGACGUUUGUGGGGAACACCCCUCUGGUAGCCAUUAAGGAAAGCGUCGACCCGAACAUAUCGGGGGCCGACCCUUCUGUGGGAUCUCAGUUCUCGGCGUGGAUGGUCGAGCCAUUAGAGGAGGGCUCCAUAUACUACUUCACGCAGGAAACAGGAUUACAGAAACUGCCUGCUUCUGUCCAGCAACUGGUUUCGAAGUCGCCGUUCUCGAUCGGAGACGAGUUCAUAUACACGGGAGUCAAACGGACGGGAAUCGUUCGAAUCGAUGCGCGCACCGGUGAUUUGAUAGAUUCUUUUGGGAUACCCGAGUCUGCGGAAAUAUGUCCGGUGGAACACCAUACCGACCCCGUCCAGCCUGUCAUAUUGCUGGGAAAGACUACCUACGAGCUCAGCAUCCACUCCAAAAACAACACAGCCUGGAACAUCACGUACACUUCGUGGGGUGUCAACAAUCUGCACACCAAUCUCGCCGCCGAAAAUCGCCACAGCAUCGACGAUCUGUACAUCCAGCCGUUCCAUGACAACUCGCUGCUUGCUCUUGAUGCCAGCACGAAGUCUGUCAAAUGGGUUUCGAGUUUGCCGUUCGUCACCGUCAAUGUGUUUGAUGUGUUCCUUGAGGACGGAGAUAGUAACAAUUUUAUUGUGCUUCCACACCCACUCAAUAACAGAAAUGCAACCACUACAGGUGACUCCACGUUUGUGGACAGAACUAAGGACGGGUCAUGGUUUGCCAUGAGCGAGACAAACUAUCCUUCCCUAGUGAAAUCGGCCCCGUUGGCAAAGUACGUCUCCAGUGAGCGUUGGAGAACGCCGUCGAUAUUCGCAAAUGCAGAACUUUUGGGAAUCGCCAUUUCCGGUGUCCAUGACAAGUCCAUGGACAAAUCGCAAAACCAGAUCGACCUAACAAGCCCGAGACUUCCUGCAUCGCUUUCUUCGACGAUCCUUGAAGAUCCAUUGAAUCGCAAACCAAGAAGACCUAGAAAAUCCCGUCCGAGCUUGCCCGAAGCAGAGGAAUACCUUGCCAUCGACCCACCUUCGCAAUACGACAUAGCGACAUUGCCCUCUUCGACGGGGAGAGGCACGCCGCUGAUCAAUCUUGUAUACCGUGCAUUUGAGAACGUUGUCAUGACAAUGAUCGGAGUGAUGAUUCUCGUGUUUUUAUCGAGAAUAGGCAUUCUUCCUCCCCUGACACAAAUAUUGAGCCGGUUUGGACUUUUCAAGAGGACCCAAAGUGCUGUGGAGAUUGUCGACAUGUUGCUCAAGGACGAUGUUGUUGAAUUAGAGAAGAGCUUCAAUCUGAUAAAAAAGGAGCGGUUCGGGGACAUCGAGACAGAUAAAAUGCCAAAAAAGGUGACAAUUGUGGAGACAGACAACAAGAGCGAGAACUCCUCUUCGUCGUCCUACAACUCUUUCAAGCCCAAUGAGGAGACAGCUCAAUCCGAAGACAAAGACGGUCAACAGCCUCAACCACGUAGGCGCAAAAGAGGCACACGUGGAGGGAAGAAAAACAAGAAGAAGGAGAUCAGUUUGGCAAGUUCUGCUAUAACUAUUCCUACGUCAACCAGCAAUAUGACUAUUUCAGACGAGAUUCUGGGUUAUGGGUCUCACGGAACUGUUGUGUUCAAAGGAAGCUUUGAAAACCGCCCAGUCGCUGUUAAGCGGAUGCUGCUGGAUUUCUACGAUGUCGCAUCCCACGAGAUAAAUUUACUUCAAGAAAGUGACGAUCACCCCAAUGUUGUCCGCUACUUUUGCUCGCAACAGAGUGACAGAUUCCUGUAUAUUGCCUUGGAAUUGUGUGGAGCGUCACUCGAGGACGUCAUUGAGCAGAGAAAAGAGGACUCCAACGAGCUGCUGGGUAAAAUGAAGCCAGUCAACGUCCUUUGGCAGAUAGCCAACGGUCUGAACCAUUUGCAUUCGCUCAAAAUAGUUCACAGAGAUAUCAAACCGCAAAACAUAUUGGUUGUUCCACCAAAGAAGAUAAACAGUGGUGAUAAGGAAAUGCCUUUACGACUGCUUAUUUCUGAUUUUGGGCUAUGCAAGAAACUCGAGAACGAUCAGUCUUCUUUCCGGGCCACCACUGCACAUGCUGCUGGAACAUCUGGCUGGCGUGCGCCCGAACUUCUUGUGGACGAUGUCGCGGAGACAGAGUCGCAGCUCAGCCAGCUCUCAUUAAUGAGUGAUCGUCGUUUAACGAGGUCGAUUGAUAUUUUCUCAGCUGGGUGUGUUUUUUACUACAUUCUGACAGGAGGACAGCAUCCAUUUGGUGACCGUUAUUCGCGCGAAAGCAACAUCAUCAAAAACCAGUAUAAUCUGGAUCUUCUGGACACGUUGGAGGACCGCUACGAGGUUCGCGAUCUGAUUGAGUCGAUGAUAGACCAAGACCCUGCCAAUAGGCCUGAUAUGAGCCUUAUUCUGAAACACCCAUAUUUCUGGUCCAUCGAGAAGAAACUGGAGUUUUUGCUUCGGGUGUCUGACCGUUUUGAGAUUGAAAGAAGAGAUCCUCCGUCAGAUUUACUUUUGGAGCUGGAAAGCAUAGCACCUUCCAUUAUUGGCAAGGGGUGGUUCAGAAAGUUCAACUCGUCGUUUUUAGAUAAUCUUGGCAAGUACAGAAAGUACAACGACGACAGGUUGAUGGAUUUGCUCCGAGCUCUACGAAACAAAUACCAUCAUUUCCAAGACUUGCCACCUAACCUAGCCAGGCAAAUGAGCCCUCUUCCGGAUGGUUUUUACGCAUUUUUUGCUGGCCGCUUCCCGAACAUGUUAAUGGAGAUCUACGCACUGGUGGAGAGAAUUCUGAGAGACGAUGAAUAUCUUAAAGCAUUU